AAAUAAAAAUGAUUAUAAAAAUAAUUUCAGGUUUUCCGUCUGGUUUAUUUUCCACUGAGGAGAGAUAUUUGAAGAGAGCGAAAAAGGUUGGGUCGGGGUAGGGGGGUCUCUUCCUUACUAAAAUGCGCCGCGUUGGUCCCACAAACCCCGAAUCCAGCCGUCCAUUCUCCAGUGGACCUCGAUCCCAGCCGUCAAAGACUGUUGGUUACUUGGUUCGCUUGAUUGAUAUUUUUACCCUUUUCUCUCUCAUGGAAAAAAAGAAAAGAAAAAACUCCAGCUAAAUUAGGUGAUGAUGAAAAUGGCGUCUUCAAUCAAAGACUUCAUAGUUUCACUUUCUCUCUCGUCCGCUUUUAGCAAUUCUGCAGCUCUAAUGGAAGUUCUAUAGUAAUCAAUUUCUAUAUCGUACUCUAAAUCAAUUCAAUUUUAUUCUCUCUUCUGUCAUGGAGAAAAUCAUGAGAUAAGUUCAAAAUUAGGUUUUUUUUUUUGGAGUUUCUGUGUUGAUUCGGCGAAGAUGGAGAUUCGUGAAGUUGGGCCGAGCAACGGGAAGAGUACCGAUCAGUUUAUUGAUCGAAGCAAAGUCCGAAUUUUGUUGUGUGAUAAUGAUUCCAAAAGCUCUCAAGAGGUUUUCUCCCUCCUCUGCAAGUGUUCUUAUCAGGUGACAUCCGUCAAGUCAGCUAGGCAAGUUGUUGAUGCACUUAAUGCAGAGCGGUCUGAGAUUGAUAUUAUACUUUCUGAGGUUGAUCUUCCGACAAAGAAGGGGUUCAAGUUAUUAAAGUACAUAAUGCGGGAUGAACAGUUGCAACGUAUACCUGUGAUCAUGAUGUCAACACAAGACGAAGUUUCUCUUGUUGUGAAGUGCUUGAGGCUGGGAGCAGCAGACUUCCUUGUGAAGCCAUUGCGGACAAAUGAGUUGUUAAACUUGUGGACUCACAUGUGGAGGAGGCGGCGAAUGCUUGGCCUGGCGGAGAAGAAUAUUGUGAGUUAUGACUUCGAUCUAGCUGCAUCAGAUCACAGUGAAAAUAGCACAACACUGUUCUCUGAUGACACAGAUGAUAAAUCCCGGAGAAGUGUUAAUCCAGAAAUUAGCUUUACAAUGCAACAGGAGGAGGAGUGUAACAAAGUCACUUCAGAUGCCGUGCCUGCAAAUUCAUUCGAUUGCCGGUCGACUUUACCAGCACUGGGUGACCGCCGAACAGGUUUUGUGCCAUUUUCGAAGAAAGGAGAGCCAUUUUUGAAAAAAAGCGAGCCUUUUCCGAAGAGGAGAGAGCUGAAGAUCGGUGAAUGUUCUGCAUUCUUCACUUAUGUCAAAACUGGCGCAGUUGAGAGCAAUUGCCAAACUGUUGUUGACGUUGAAGGUAAUGCUGCUAAACCUUCCAGACCAGAUGAUAAAUUAGAUACUUGGAAUGGGCAUGUUAUAAAUGGUAAUAUGACUUACGAAAAUGGAGACGUGUGGGAGAACAACUCACACGGGGAAGACUUCCCUAGCAGUACCAGUGUACCUGAUUCCACUUCUAUGGAAAGGUCGUGCACACCUCCUGUAACUGUGGAAUUUAUGCAAAAUAAAUCUAACGAUGAAGGCUUAUCUGAGGUGCACAUGCAGCCGAAAAAUGGGAAGCCGCAUUUUGAUGUCUCCACUUUGGCAGCACAUGCUGCUGCUUAUCCUUACUUCAUGUCAGGAGUCAUGAACCAAUUUAUGAUGCCAUCAUCAGCACAUGCGAAUCAGAAAGAUCUUCAAAACCAUGGUUCAUCAACUAUGAUGCCUCAUUAUAACCAUGUUUCACAUAGUUCAUCUCAAGUACCUGGGAUGGCACCAUUUACUUACUACCCAUUGGGUGUAUGCUUACCACAGGGCCAGACGCCUGCUAACCACCAAGUGCCAUCAUUUGGCAAUUCAUUUUCUAGUGAAGCUAAAUUAAGCAAAGUUAACAGGAGAGAAGCAGCUUUGAUUAAAUUUAGGCAGAAAAGGAAGGAGAGGUGUUUUGAUAAGAAGAUUAGGUAUGUGAACCGCAAAAAGCUUGCUGAGAGAAGGCCACGUGUGCGUGGGCAGUUUGUGAGGAAGGUGAAUGGUGUAACUGUAGAUCUUAAUGGAGAUCCAUCUGCUGACCUUUAUGAGGAAGAUGAAGAUGAACCCAAUUCAUCUCCAGAAGAUGAUACUUUUUGACUACAUAUUUGAAGAAAACCAUUUUCCUGAUGAUGGAUCACUGUUCUGUUGCCAACAUAAUUGUUUUGUGCAAAUCUCCGUGCUAAAGUUCCACUUUUUCAUGUCCUUUAUGAAAGAAAAAUGGCAUGGGUUUGCUAUUGCUCUCAGAAAUGCGGGCUUGGGAAAUCUGCUCCCUUAUUGUAGAGGGAGCUGGCUAAAGCUUUCGCCUAGAGGUGAUUGGGUUGAUGAGGCUUGUAUUUGGAUCAUCUUAAUUCGUCAUUCUGUAAGUGGCCAUGAAGUCGGGAAUCCAACCUUAAGGGUCGAAUGAAGGGUAUUUCUUUUUUCUUAUUUUUCCUUCUCCAUUUUCUCAUUACUGUAAAGAGAGUGAUCCUAAUGUUGUAUGUUCCAAUAUAAAAAGCUGAAGCAUUGAACUUGAUUCCUGUGAUAAAAAUUGUGAAAUCUGUUUGUUUCA